UACAGAUUUCUGUUUAUUAGAGUCGCACAAAAAGUACUUGAUCAUGAUGUAAAUCAGAAAAUAAUGAUUAUAGCAAAUAUUAGUAUGAUUACCCAAAACUACGCAAUGGGAUUCAUUAUUAUUGUAAUAUAUACGCCAUACAACACACAGCAGGCAUUUGUUAGGAGACCGCCUCCAGAAGAAAAAGUUUCUAAUUACAAUUGCUUUCGACUGAAGUCGUGCAAUCCUCACGGGAGCCCAGUGUGUGGCUACAAUGAGGGAGACGAGACCAUUGCGAAGUUCGAGGACGAGUGUGCACUGUUCAGAGUCAACUGCAGGGGGAGAGGAUAUCCAUUGUUUAAAAUAGUCGACGAUAGUAUCUGCAAGAAGAAGGUAGUUCCGAAGACUACAGUUCCAACAACCGUCACCUAUCCCACCAUCGAUUACUACGAAGACCUCCGUCCGGAAACCGAGCCCGACACUAGCACGCACUACUGGCAAGACAGCCUCAUGCUGGGCCGAUACGAGGACGGAGGAGCGCUAAGAGACAAAGAACCGCCGAAAUAUGAAUUCCAGGAUUUAAUGACUAUUAUAUAGUUAGGUUUCUCAUCAGAAGUCGGACAGGGUGAUCUGUUUUUCAUCUAAAUGGGCAUAAAUAAACAAAUAAAUAAAUUAUCUGCGUAUAUAAACGUUAACGUAUACCCAUUUGCACUGAGGUAAAAUAAUGAGUUAAUAAAGACCCAUUAAUUUAUCGCGUUAUUACUUAGGGAAGUUUAGGUUUAGCGGUUAUAUUUAGUGAUGCACAAAAAAUCAGGUGAUCUUUUCAAGUGAAGUAAGACGAAGGCUUCACCAGCUCAAAUGUAACAAAUGCAUAGUCUCUUUUCCACUCUACUCCACCAUGUGGACCGAAGUCACCUAAUGGUAACAACUAUACCAGUGCAUGUCAGUAAUGUCAAUAUACAUUUUCGAAAGAAUGCAUUUGUAAAU